AUGAAGUUACUGGUGAUCCACGAUGAAAGUUCCAAAAUUUUGGGACAUCGCUAUCUUAAUUCACAAAUUUCACUUUAUCUCGGUCUACUACAACUUACCAUUUGCAUUUGGGCUAUGGCACAACAUUUCUUUUCACUUUUCCGUUACAAUCAGAUACUGUUCUGUGAUUUCAUCAACGGAACAGAACCCGUUUUACUGGUCGGUGUAGACAUCAUCAUUUUUGACAUCGGCUUGUUUCACUCAUUAUGGGGUAUUGACAGUUGCGUAGCACAGCAUCUGGAUGGUGGAUAUGGAAGGUUCAUGUGGUGUGUUUGUCACAUUCUUGCCUUUGCCAUAUGCCUGCCAUUUGCAUUCGUAUCAAGACCAAGGCCUUACUCAUUAUGGCCUCUUCUUAUCCAGCAAAGUGCCUAUGGGGUCGGGUUGCUGAUUUUAAGUUUGGCUGCUCUACCGAGGGUCUUGCCGACAUUUACCGGUGAUCAAAACAGUGCUUCACUUUUAUCGGUGUCUAUUUAUGCUACUGGCGCAUCACUGAACUUCUUCCUGUUGUAUAUCUAUUGGCAUUGGUACUGGCACGUAGAAGCGAUGUGGAAUUCAGCACGAAAGCUACGCCUCAAUCGCAUCAAUUCAGUAAGGAAGCGACGCACACGUGGGACAUCGCUCGAAUGUGUCAACGUUACCGAUGACACUGCUCUACAGCACAUUCAGCCACAAAACUCACUCUUCCAUGUUCAACGUGUCACUUCACGGAAACCUCUAACCGAGUCCUAUCAAGAAUGCGUUGCUGCCGUUAUGUCCGAAAAUUUGUUUAAAACAGAGAAUUUUGUGAAUCACGAUAGUAACGAGUAUCACGGCUUGCAUUCAACAAAUAAGUGCCCGAAAUCAUGUGAUAAGCGUAAUGACGCACACGUGACAGAUUGUGAUGACGCAGAAGAGUUGCGCCAAGCUGUUAGUCACAAUAGAACAAAUUGUUACAAAAAGUUAACAAGCCAGCGUAACCCGUGCAACCAUAGGGUUAGAAGCCAAGUAAGGACUUCUGGCCUACAAUCACUUUAUUUGCUCUCCCACUACACGCCUCUUAUGACUGUCCCGUGGCGUCCUUGUCAUCCCUCCGUUCAAAAUACCAAAUUUAUACGACAUUUCAAUGUUUCACAGCGAAGUUCUUUGAUAGGUUAG